CUGCCACUCAAUGCUCGCUGCUUGGCUCCGUCCACUGCCACCGAACGUCUUACCCGCUCCGCCAGCACGCCAACCACACCCACAAUCCUACUCAAUCAUCGCCCAGAUGCGCUCCACUCUCGUUACGCCCUAGCUCUGUCUUGCUCUCACUUCUUCAUCUACCCUCUCUCAACCCACCCGUCCCGUCUUCCUUCCCUCCCCGUCCUUCCCGCGCGCAGCAGGCUGUCAGGGACCUUCCGAGUGUAUACAAGACCCUCUUCGGCGCCGCUCGAGCGUCGCGCAUAAACGUAAUGUUGCUGCUGCUCUGGAGGAGCAGUGUAUGGGCUGUCCUCUUCGCCUCCCUCGUGCUCGCCCACUCGCAGGCGCGGAACCCGCUCACGGCCGUCUCCUCCGUCCGGGAUGCGUCCAUCAACACACCCGCUCACAGAGUCAACGCCCUGCAAUCCUUCGAACUGUCCCUCUCGGCCUUCAAGCGCAGCUUCAGGCUGAAGCUGCAGCCCAAUCACGAUGUGCUGGCGGACGGUGCGACCGUCUCAUAUCUAGGUCCAGACGGCCAGGUCCUGAAGACGGAGCCGAUCGACCGAAUGGCCCACAAGGUGUACGCCGGCGAGACGUGGAGGCAGAAUCUGGACGGCUCGUACGCAAAGGUCGGCAGUGCGCGGUUGAGUGUGUACAGAGACGGAGACGAACCCCUGUUCGAGGGUGUGCUCGGCGUGGAGAAAGAGCACUAUCACAUCCAAAUGGCGAAGAACUAUAUGAAGACGAGACAUUUGGAGGAUCCCACUGUGCAGCUGGCUGGCGAAGACUACAUGAUCAUAUGGAGAGACUCGGAUCUGCAUACGGAGAGCUCGUUCCAUUCCGAACUGAAGCGUGAUGUCCCCGCCAGAUCGUGUGAUCACGACUCGUUGGACUUCAACGUCAACCCUUCGCACCCGGUGUACAGAGGCAUAGGCUCACAGGAUGACGGAACCUGGGGGUUUACCCCGAUCAGCUCCUUGUUUGGCAAGAGACAGCUCGAUUCGAGCACGAGUGGUAACAGCGCAGGUGUCAACCUGGUGUCUACCAUCGGCUCUACUGCGGGCUGUCCGAGCAUGCGAAAGGUUGCUCUGGUUGGCGUCGCCACCGAUUGCUCCUAUACUGCUACCUUCGCAAACGAAACUGAAACUCGCCAGAACGUCAUCAACCAGAUGAAUUCUGCGUCCGAGGUUUACGAGAAAUCGUUCAACAUCUCGUUGGGUCUUGCCAACUUGAUCGUCAGUCCCCAGGAGUGCCCAGGAAGCGCCCCAGCCUCAGCACCGUGGAACGUGGCUUGCUCUGAUAGCGUCGACAUUCAAGAUCGCUUGAACCUGUUCUCUCAGUGGCGUGGAGGUAGAAGCGACAACUACUCGCACUGGACGCUUUUGACAAAUUGUAACUCGGGUUCGGCCGUCGGUCUGGCGUGGCUGGGUCAAGCUUGCGUCAACACCGCACAGAAUGACAACACCACAUCGACCGGCAACGGUGCCUCUGGAUCUACCAACGUCGUCAGCGGGGCGAAUGUUGUUGCCAAAACAUCGACAGAGUGGCAAGUUAUCGCGCACGAAACGGGCCACACCUUCGGUGCCGUACAUGACUGCACAAGCCAGACCUGCUCAGAUGGCACAUCUACGAGGCAGCAAUGCUGUCCCCUCAGCAGCAGCACGUGCGAUGCUGGCGAAAAGUACAUAAUGAAUCCAUCGACGGGCGUCGGGAUCACGGCAUUCAGCGCAUGCUCGAUUGGCAACAUCUGCUCAGCAAUCGGACGCAGCAGUGUCAGGACAUCUUGUCUGAGCAACAACAAGGAUGUCAGCCUCAUCACCGGCCAACAGUGCGGCAAUGGAAUAGUUGAACCCGGCGAAGAAUGCGACUGCGGCGGAACGGCUAAUUGCGGGAACGACCCAUGCUGCGACCCGACAACCUGUAAAUUCAUCAACGGUGCUGUUUGCGACGAUGCGAACGAAGAAUGUUGCAACAACUGCCAGCUGGCUAGCGCAGACACUGUAUGCCGCGCUAGCACUGGUGUCUGCGAUCCGGAGGAGAAAUGCACUGGUACCUCGCCGACAUGCCCGCCAGAUGUUACCGCGCCAAACGGCCAGAGCUGUGGUAGUGGGCUGCAAUGCGCCAGCGGUCAGUGUACAUCAAGGGACCAGCAGUGCAAGUCCGUCAUGGGUUCGUACACCCAGGGCAACGACACGUACGCUUGCGACUCCCUGAGCUGCACGCUGUCCUGCGCAAGCCCCGAAUUUGGACCUGGUGUAUGCUACGGCUUGCAGCAAAACUUCUUGGACGGUACGCCCUGCGGUGGAGGAGGAAUGUGCAGUAAUGGCCAAUGCAAGGGAUCUAGCUUCGGCAAGGAAAUCAAAUCCUGGAUUGACGAUCACAAAGGUCUUGUCAUUGGCAUUGCCUCUGCUCUUGGUGCGCUCAUCCUUCUGAUGAUCCUUUCGUGCUGCUGGCGCGCCUUCCAGCGCAGAAAGUAUGGCAAGGCCGCGGCACUUCGUCCCUGGCCGGGCGCGAGGGCAUACCCAGCUGUACGAAGCGGUAAAGUUGGUAAUCCGAGCCAACUUUAUCCACCGCCUCCGCUGAUGCGCAAUGGCGGCAUGUACAUGAACGGUCCUCCCCCCGCUUACCCGGGGCCAGGCGGCAACAUGCCGUAUCCAAGCCAGAGCGUGCGGUACGCGUAAGCGGCUGCUAUUCAUCAUCAUCGCGGGGCUUGGAUUGCGAAGAAUUUGCGCUCUAAUGUCGUUACGAUUUUGCAUCUUAUGCACAUGGCUUUUGACGCUUUCUGUGGAUGCUCUGUCUGGGCGUGGCACAGAGCAUCGCAUCUCAACGGUCAUUCGUUUUUUGUAUACCACGGUUGCAUUCUGGGAAAUCCACAGGAUCGACUUGCAUAUUGGGUGGCGUUUUCAGGCAAAGGGUACACACAAGAGCGGGCACUACAUGGUGGGGAUUUGACAUGCUCGACCGCAGUCAUGGAGUACGAGCAUCCAAGCUUCGAAUUGACUGGGCCUGAAGUAGGCCUCUGGGGGACAGAGUAGACUCCAAAAGACGUAACUGUCUGCGCCGACGUCAACAGACGUCGAUCGUAUUGGUGAACAUGGUGAAAAAGAGAAAAGAAAAAAGACUUGGGCUAGAUACGGAGCGCUUGGAACGUGGUACUCGAAGGCUGUGGUGUUGUGAUCUAGACGAAGCCUAAAAAGACGAUAAUCAAUGUGUUACCAACA